GUCUGUGUCUAAGCCAUUGGCAGAGUCAUGUAAAUCUGUAUGUUAGCGAUCACACGUAUGAUGUUUGAUGUGAGGCGUACUACAGGAACCUUGUGCGCUUUGUUAUUUCAGAGGAAAAAAACUUGACGCUCUCUGUUCAACGUCGGCAAAUCACUGAAUCAGAGAAUGACCAUACAGCAGAUGACACAGACACACAGUGGCUGUACAGUAGUAAGACACCCCAGUACAAUUGUACAUCUAACUGCAUGAGCAAUCUGCUGUUGCUGCCACCCUGGAGAGAUUAUUGAGCAGUACUCCUUUCACUGGUUUGCGACUGAAAUGCUGGCUGUUUUCCUGAAAAAACAAGCAGUGCUGUCCUCUGUGCUGCUGUCUGAAUCGUUAUCAGACACAUUAGAGAGAUCAGUUCCUGCCACUUUUCUCUCAAGAAGGGUAAAGGAUUGGUUCCUUUUCAUAGAUUGACAGUAGAUAUUUUAGUUCCUAGUCACCCAAUUACUGUAUAUACUUAUACCGUAAGUAUAUUAAUUACAGUCAGACGCCAGAUGUGUGAUAGGACAGGAACAAGAUCUUGUCACUACUAGUAUUUCACAACCUGCUUCUACUUUUUUUUUUAACCAAACCAAACUCCACCAAGGAGCUAUAUAUCGUACUCCAUGCUGACACCGAGACUCCUCAAGAGCCUUUGUGCGUCCCCUCCUCGCUAGCAAUAUUUUAUUGCUGCUUGGAAAGGCAAAACUAAAUUAUCCUUGGUUUCCUGCACAGGUGCGGCUCUAAAGGGGCACUUCGUCAAGCAGGAUGAAUGCGUUGGCCGCAACCAGCAGGAACUUCAAGCAGGCAGCUAAGCUGCUGGGUCUGGACUCCAAGUUGGAGAAGAGCUUGCUCAUCCCAUUCAGGGAGAUCAAGGUUGAAUGCACAAUCCCCAAAGAUGAUGGAACCUUAGCGUCCUAUGUUGGGUUCAGGGUCCAACAUGACAAUGCCAGGGGCCCCAUGAAGGGUGGAAUCAGAUACCACCACGAGGUUGAUCCUGAUGAGGUCAAUGCCUUGGCACAACUAAUGACAUGGAAAACAGCCGUGGCUAACAUACCAUAUGGAGGAGCUAAAGGUGGAAUAGGAUGCAGUCCUGGAGAGUUGAGCAUCUCUGAGCUUGAGCGACUUACCCGAGUUUUUACUCAGAAAAUCCAUGACUUAAUUGGCAUCCAUACCGACGUUCCAGCUCCAGAUAUGGGCACCAACUCACAGACAAUGGCCUGGAUACUUGAUGAGUACUCAAAGUUCCAUGGUUACUCACCUGCUGUGGUGACAGGAAAGCCUGUUGACCUUGGAGGAUCAUUGGGCAGAGAUGCAGCUACUGGAAGGGGAGUUCUGUUUGCUACUGAAGCCUUACUUGCAGAGCAUGGCAAAGGCAUUGCAGGCCAGCGUUUCAUUAUACAGGGAUUUGGUAAUGUUGGUUCCUGGGCUGCUCAACUGAUCAGUGAAGCUGGUGGCAAGGUGAUUGCAAUCAGCGAUGUCACAGGCGCUGUCAAGAACGUCAACGGCCUUGACAUCGCCAGGCUAGUGAAGCACUCGGCGGAGAACCGCGGGAUCAAGGGCUUCGACGGGGGAGAUGCGAUCGACCCACACUCCCUGCUCACUGAAGAUUGUGAUGUCCUCAUCCCGGCAGCACUUGGGGGAGUGAUAAACAAGGACAAUGCUAAUGACAUCAAAGCAAAGUACAUCAUUGAGGCUGCCAAUCACCCCACAGACCCCGAGGCAGACGAGAUCCUGUCAAAGAAAGGCGUUCUCAUUCUGCCGGACAUACUGGCGAACUCUGGCGGCGUCACGGUGAGCUACUUCGAGUGGGUUCAGAACAUCCAGGGGUUCAUGUGGGACGAGGAGAAGGUGAACGAGGAGCUGAGGACGUACAUGACGCGCGGGUUCAGGGACGUGAAGGAGAUGUGCCGGAGCCACAACUGCGACCUCCGCAUGGGCGCCUUCACCCUCGGCGUCAGCCGCGUCGCGCGUGCCACCGUUCUCAGGGGAUGGGAGGCCUAGCCUGACCCCUAUCUCUUCCCAUCUCAUGUCAUGUCCCUCUUGUGUCUCGUGUCCUCUCCUUCUGUUUAUCGAUCAGUGGAGGUUUGAGAAAAAAUUUCAGUAAUAACUCCAUGUGUCUUCUUGGAGACCAACCGAGCAAAAGAAAACAGUAGCUUUAUUUUUUCGGGAACACGCUAUACAUUAGCGUGUCAUUUCAAUAAGGAGAAAUAAACAUUCUUUACUGUGGUCCAUAUGCAAAGCUACGGCUAUUUUCCUCUAGAGCUAAGAAAUGAGACUAGCCAAACA